AUGCGUGUAGAUAUCUACGUCUCUCCUCGUUCCUCUGGAUUCCCCUGCUGCUUUGUUCAUAAGUUGACACACACCACACCCAUCCACAUCGUUUAUGCACCUCCACUUGUUCUUUUACGCCUCAACUCAGUGUGCGAAGAAUUAGCGAAACACCAUAUCAAGACCAUGACAGUGGAAGUAGGAGUGAAGGAGGAUGCAAAGGAUAAGGCGAAUGAGGUAGAGAAGUUAGCAGAGGAGAAGGAUGAGUAUGGAGACGAGUGCGAGGCAAAGUCGGAAAAGUGCAUUUCAAUUUGCUCGGAUAUGUUGGCGGCCGCCAGUGUGUUGAAGGUGACAAUGUCCAUUCAGACACUUGGAAUCUCCACUCCGCCUCACAUGCUAACAUACACGUACUCGGAAGGGAUCACCGCAGCUGUUGUGACAUACGAUGGAUCUGGAAUGCGUUCAGCCGGCUUUGGCGGUGACGGGGCGUCUCGUGUUUUCUUCGGCACCAUUAUAGGAAAACGUGUGGAUGGACUGUGUCUACGCGAAUUGACGAUAACUGUCUACAGCGUGUGA